AUAGAAUAUUUUGCUUUAUAGCUUAUUCUUUCACACCCUUCAUUCUCGCAAAUAAAUCUCAUCUUUAAUUGCAAACUUUCUCAUUUGUUUUAACCAUGUCCCAAUUAAGUCAGUCUAGUAUUGAUUUCGGUUUGAAUUUCUUAAAACAAAUUAGUUCUCAAUGUGAUUCAAAAAAUAUACUUUUAUCGCCUUUAAGUGUUAUUACUGGUUAUUGUAUGGUAUUGGAUGGAGCCGCUGGUGAAACAGAGCAACAGAUCAAAAAGGUUCUCAACUUGGAUAAAAUAAAUGACCAAUCGGAAGAUAUUUCUGGUUUAAUCAAACAGGUUAUUGAAAGCUAUCUGAAACCUGCAACUGCUGGAUCGAGGCAAGAAUCCAUUCUAAAGUUUGGUAAUUUACUUAUGGCCAAUAAAGAUGACAAAUUUCAGAAAGCUUAUGUUCAAAGUCUGAAGACAAAUUAUUUUGCUGAAGCAUUUAAUGAGGAUUUUACUUUUGGCCGAAAAAUAGUGGAAAAAGUGAAUUCUUGGGUUUCUAAUAAUACAAAAAAUAAGAUCACUUCUAUUCUCAAUGAGCCUCCAAGUCCACUUGAUGUUCUGUUUCUAGUGAACACAAUCUAUUUCGAAGGGGAGUGGUUGAAGUCUUUCUCUAAAGAUCGUACGAAAGAUGAUAUAUUCAACAAUUCAGAUGGAACGACAAUUAAGACCAAGAUGAUGACCAUGUCAGGAGAAUUCUUUAACUAUGUUGAACGACUUGAUAAACAAUUAAAGAUUGUCGAGCUUCCAUAUGUUGGAAAUAUCAGCAUGAUAUUGAUUCUCCCAACUCAGGACAACAAUUUAAAAAAGAUGAUUGAUAGUUUGGACUCAACUGAGCUUUCCAGUUUGAUGGAGUCUAUGAAAAAGACGCGUUUGGAUACUUUAACAAUACCGAAAUUCAAACUGGAAGAUAUCCAUCAACUACACAAAAUUUUACCAAACAUGGGAAUGACGCGACCAUUUAAAAAAGCUGAUGCUGAAUUUCCAAGAAUUACUGAAGAGUCUUUACCAUUAUACAUAUCACAAUCAAUACAAAAAGCUGUAAUUGAAGUAUUUGAAAAAGGCACUAUAGCGACAGCGGCAACUGUAGUUAACAUAAAACUAAAGGGUAAAACUUGUUCUUCAUUCAGAAUGCCACUCAUCACAUUUAUAGCUGAUCGACCUUUUAUGUUCUUUAUUCGUGAUAACAAAAGUGGAGUCAAUCUAUUCAUGGGUCAAUUGAGUAAAAUGACACGCCAACAAUUGAAAAUGUCACAAUUAAGCAAGCCCAGUAUUGAUCUUGGUUUGGACUUCUUGAAAAAAGUUGGUUCUGAUUCAACCAAUUUACUUUUGUCACCAUUAAGUAUUAUCAUGGCCUAUGGAAUGGCACUCGAAGGAGCCGCUGGUGAAACUGAAAAACAAAUCAGAACAGGCCUGAAUGUGGAUAAAGUUGAUAGCCAACAAGUAGAUGUUUCAAAAAUAAUCAAACAGCUUAUGGAAAAAUAUCUGAAGAAUAAGGACUCUGCUUCUGAGAAAAAAUGCUUAUUAGAGUUUGGCAAUUUACUUAUGGCUAAAAAAGAUUUCAGGCUUCAAAAGACUUUUGUUCAAAACUUACAAACUAACUAUUCUGCCAAUGCAUUCAAUGAGGAUUUUACUGAUGGCCAAAAUAUUCUAGAAAAAGUCAACUCUUGGGUUUCUGAAGCUACAAGAAAUAAAAUUUCAACGAUUCUCAACGAACCACCAGAACCUGACGCUGUGUGUUUGCUAGUAAAUACAAUUUAUUUCGAAGCUAAUUGGCUAAAACCUUUUGAUGAAGAUUCUACAGAAGAGAAGAUAUUCACCAAUUCAGAUGGAUCAACAACUAAGGUUAAGAUGAUGACUCUUUCAGAUGAUACCUUUAACUUUGCAGAAUGUCCUGAAAAAAAAUUAAAGAUUGUCGAGAUUCCAUAUUUUGCAAAUAUUAGCAUGGUAUUGAUCCUUCCAACUGGUGACAACAACCUAAAAAAGAUGCUUGAAAAUUUGGACUCAACUGAGCUUUCCAGUUUGAUAGACUCCAUGUCAAGAACACGUUUGGGUACUUUAACUAUACCGAAAUUCAAACUGGAAGAUAUUCAUCAACUACACAAAAUUUUACCAAGCAUGGGAAUGACUCGACCAUUCCAAAUGAAUGCUGAAUUUCCAAGAAUCACUGAAGGUUCUUUACCAUUAUACAUUUCAAAAUCAAUACAAAAAGCCUUGAUUGAAGUCACUGAGGCUGGUACCGUAGCAACUGCGGCAACUCAAGUUGAAUUCAUGUUGGGAUGUUCACUUUACUCACCACAGCCGCAAAAAGUGUUUAAUUUUAUAGCAGAUCGGCCAUUUCUUUUCUCCAUUCGUGAUAAUCUAACAAAAGUCAAUCUAUUCAUGGGCCAAUUGAAUAGUAUAACUUCCAAGCAGAUUAUGUUAAAUUGUUUUAAGAGGAAACGAGAAGCUGCUGCUGAUGUAAGUAUAGACAUGAUGGUUGAACAAGUUGAAAAAUCAGCUCAAUUGAUUACAUCAAGUGCCGGAACAGCUUUAAAGACUCAAUCAAUAUCUGAUGUAUCAUUUGUUUUAACCAUGUCCCAACUAAGUAAGCCUAGUAUUGAUUUCGGAUUGAAUUUCUUAAAACGAAUUAGCUCUCAAUGUGAUUCAAAAAAUAUACUUUUAUCGCCGUUAAGUGUUAUUACUGCCUAUUGUAUGGUAUUGGAUGGAGCCGCUGGUAAAACAGAGCAACAGAUCAAAAAGGUUCUCAAUUUGGAUAAAAUAAAUGACCAAUCGGAAGAUAUUUCUGGCUUAAUCAAACAGGUUAUUGAAAGCUAUCGGAUACCUGCAACUGCUGGAUCGAGACAAAAAUUCAUUCUAAACUUUGGUAAUUUACUUAUGGCCAAUAAAGAUGAAAAGUUUCAGAAAGCUUAUGUGCAAAAUCUGAAGACUAAUUAUUUUGCUGACGCAUUUAAUGAGGAUUACAAAGAGGGCCAACAAAUUGUGGAAAAGAUUAAUUCGUGGGUUUCUAAUAACACAAAAAAUAAGAUCACUUCUAUUAUCAAUGAGCCUCCAAGUCCUCUUGAUGUUCUUUACCUAGUGAACACAAUCUAUUUCGAAGGAAAAUGGUUGAUGCCUUUCUCUAAAGAUUGUACAAAAGAUGAUAUAUUCCACAAUUCAGAUGGAACGACAGUCAAGACCAAGAUGAUGACCCUUUCAGGAGAAAGCUUCAACUAUGUUAACCGACAUGAUAAACAAUUAAAGAUUGUCGAGCUUCCAUAUGUUGGAAAUAUUAGCAUGAUAUUGAUCCUUCCAACUGAAGACAACAAUUUAAAAAAGGUGAUUGAUGAUUUGGACUCAACUGAGCUUUCCAGUUUGAUGGAGUCUAUGAAAAAGACGUAUUUGGAUACUUUAAUUAUACCGAAAUUCAAACUGGAAGAUAUUCAUCAACUACACAAUAUUUUACCAAAAAUGGGAAUGACUGCACCAUUUCAAAAGGAUGCUGAAUUUCCAAGAAUUACUGAAGAGCCUUUACCAUUAUACAUAUCAAAAUCAAUACAAAAAGCUGUAAUUGAAGUAUUUGAAGAAGGCACUAUAGCGUCUGCGGCAACUGUGGUUGAAGGACUCUUUAUGCUAGCUUGUUCUCCAUUCAGUACACCACUCAUCACAUUUAUAGCUGAUCGACCUUUUAUGUUCUUUAUUCGUGAUAACAAAAGUGGAGUCAAUCUAUUCAUGGGUCAAUUGAAUAACAUGAGCCACCAACAGUUUCUUUGAAAUUUACUGUACUUUGAUACCGCAUCAGUGCGAAACUUAUUGUAAAUUGUAAACAAUUUUAUAAGAAUAAACUCAACAUAAAAUUUACAAAGUUUAA